AUGCAUUGGCGUUACUGUGAAUUGCUGGCGGGAGCCGUCGGUAACUUCGCGACGGCUUCACUGGGAUGCACCAUCGCGUGGCCAUCACCCGUGUUUCCGAAACUCGUCGAUCCGGAAUUGACCGAUAAUCCUUUCGGCGAGGUGCUGGUCGCCAAUGCCCAAACCUGGACUGACUCGGCACCGGCAAUCGGGGGCAUCGGAGGACCACUGCUGGCCAGCUGGAUAGCGGAUCGGAAGGGUCGCCGGUUAGCGUUGCUCCUUAGCACCGUGCUCUACAUCGUCGUCUGGCUGCUGUUCAUGAUCGUCCAUUCGGUGCCACUCCUGAUCGUCUCCCGUACACUGGCAGGAUUUGCCAACGGGUACGUGUUACUGGCGGCGACUCUCUACAUCGGCGAGAUUGCUAGCGAUCAGUAUCGCGGCGCCCUCGGAUGCUACCUUCAGAUCGGCACAACGUUUGGCAUCCUGUACGUGUACUGUCUGGGACCGUUCGUCGGCUAUCUGGCCCUGCAGGGACUCUGUUGUGCCGUGUCGAUACUGUUCGGAACGCUGUUCCUGUACAUGCCCGAGACACCGCACCACCUGAUAGCUGAAGGUCACCUUCGGCGCGCUUCCGAAACCCUCAUGUUUCUGCGCGGCCGCCGAAAUAUCGCUGAAGUGCACGACGAACUGGAAGAGUUGAAGCAGUACGUGCUCCCAUCGUCCGAUCCCGUUAGCGCACCGGAACAGACCGUAAGUCGGUGGGGACCGUUUCGACGGUUCAAGCAACUCUUCUUCCGCGGCUCAGCGAACCGCCGAGCCCUGGCGAUCAGUUUGGGCGUUGUCCUGUGCCAGCAGUGGACCGGUAUCGAUGGAAUCCUGUCCAGCAGUGAGCUGAUCUUUGCCAAAGCCGGCAUGGCACUCGAUGCCGUUUACUCCACCAUCGUGCUGGGUGCGGUACAGUUUUUCUUCAGCUGCCUAUCCCCGCUCUUUAUCGAUCGCUUCGGACGUCGCCCGAUUCUACUCCUCACUUCGGCCGGACUAGCGAUUGCCCUCGCGGCACUCGGAGCGUACUUCCUUCUGGAACGUCACGGUGUGGUUCCGCUGCGCACGAUCGGCUGGAUGCCGCUUGCAGCUUCACUACUGUUUGUGGCCCUCUACAACGCCGGCUUCGGUCCGGUGGCGUGGGCCCUCGUCAUGGAGCUGUUUGCCCACGACGUGAAACCUCUCGGACUCUCGCUGGCCGUCUCGUGGUUGCUGCUGUGCGACUUUCUCGUCCUGCGACUGUUUGCGUACGUCAGUGAGUCGUUCGGGUUCGAUUGGGCGUUCUGGAUGCUGGCCACCGCCUGUGUCCUCGCGAUCGCGUUCUGCUGGUGGGCGGUGAUCGAGACCCGCGGCCUUACGCUGUACGCCAUCCAGGAACGGCUGAGGGCCGUAAAAGUGAUCCGAUUAUGA